GUUGAUUUGUCAAUUUGUUUUGUUGUUCUGAAUUUAUCUUAUUUUUUACUGUUUAUAAAUAAUAGAAGAAAACUAAGAGAAAAAAUAAUAGAUGUAACUAAGGUUUUAUAAAAAUUACCUAAUAAUUAAUUAACAUAGUGAUUGUUUUUAUCUUUAUUGUAGCAGUUUUAAUUUUUAUAUUCAUAAAAAACUGGGAAUGCCACAACAUUUUCAAGUUUUGAGGUGUUAUCGGUGUCUUGUAUUUCAAGUACACCAGUUGAAGAAGUCAAAUAAGUUUGAAUGUAAAUUAUGCGGGGAAAAACAAUCAAUAAAACGUCAUUACGGUUUGGGAACUGGUAAAGAAUGCAGGUUACAUGUACAAAAACUCAAUGGAAUUAGGGGAGAAAUAGAUGAACUAAAUAAAUCAUACACUGAAAACUCUAGUGAUGACAAUGAAUUCGGAAAUGUAUUAAAUGAAGUACAAAAUAAUAAUACAUUAGAUAAUGAAUCUAUAAAAAGAGGCAACAAGUGGUCAGAAUACAUUGAAGAACCUACAGAAGUAAACAGUAAUGAACCUAUGUACUUUAAUAAUUCUGAAGUUGUAUUAGAAAUACCAAAAAAUGUUACGAAAAAAAGAAAAAGAGUUAAUAAUAUCAGUUACAGUAGUACUUUAAGAAAAUCUUUUGAUAAAACAGAUGAGAUAGAGAAUUACAGAGAUCUAAAGCCAUUUGAAAAACCUCAAAAUCUUUAUUUUGAUAGGGCUACCUCUAAAAUUGAUAAUGCAGAAUACAUUAACAAUGAUGUAAACAAAAAGAGUAAACCAAGUACAAAGUUUUUAAAUCCUAAAAUUAAAGAAUCCAAAUGGGAUCAGUACACCGAGAAUGAUGAAGAUAUAUUGCCAUCAUUAGAAAUCACUAGUAAUUUAGAUGAAAAAUAUUUUCAAAAAUCUAAAAAUAUCAAUAACGACAUAAAUAUUACUAAACAAUGUAAAAAUUCCCCAUAUCCAUCUACAUCAAGUUUUGAAUGUAAUAUAAAAUCUGAGAGUAAUGAUGAUAUUCUCAUUAAAAACGUUUCAGAUGUCGCUAUGAACUCUAAAUGGGCUCAAUAUGUAGAGGAAAAUAUAGAAAAUUUUGAAAACUUUAACUCGACUCCGCCAGAAAGCAGUCAAAAUAAGCAGUACCAGGGACUCUUUUCACUUUGCAAUGAUAGUGAUUUGGACAAUAUUUUAGAUAUUUAGAGUAAAUAAAUUAAUAAAAGCAUUAACUGAUAUCCUGACAUCUCAUG